UUCAUCGCUCGCUCUGCAGUCGUUUUUUCAUUGCCGUUCUAGCGACAUCAACAUAAUCCGUCGUCGCGAGUGUUUUUCGUUCCGCUGCAGCCCCCUAAUUAUUAUCGUUCUUUGGUCAGUGCGUCGUGGGACCAAUAAUUUGUUCCUGUCGCAGCGCGAUUCUUGUGUAAUGAGUGUGCAUUUGGUGUUGGUGGUGUUAUUCCCGACGAGUGCAAUCUCGACCAUCCGAACCAAUGUCUGGAAGCAGCAGUAGUCUCCGUUGAAGAAACAAAAAAAAGUGAUUCCGAAUUCCUGAUUCCGCGACAACAUGCCUACGUUCUCGACGCUGAUUGGGCCGCUGCUGUUGGCCGGGAUGGUCCUGCUGGGAGGGGCCGGGGCAGAUGCAGGAACGGCAGGUCCCUCCGAGCAGCAACCGAUCACCGUGGAAAAGCUGCCGUUUUGCGACGACGACGUCGAUAGGGGACGUGACAUCAGCGAUAGACUACUGUACGUCACCACCCUGGAUGGUCGCCUGUCCGCGCUAGACCUCAUGAACGGUGGCACCCUCCUAUGGAGCGUAGAAACCGGUCCCGGUGCUCUCCUAUCGUCCAGCAUUCACCGCCUGGAGCUGACCAACAACGGCAAAUGGGUCCGCAUGAUUCCGUCCCUGAGCGGAGGCCUGUACAAGUUCGACGGCGACACCAUCGAACCCAUUCCGUUCAGUGCGGAAGAUCUGCUAAAGUCGUCGUUCAAGUUUUCCGACGACUUGGUCAUUUCCGGUGGAAAGGAGACCCGCUCGUACGGGGUGUCAACGCGCACCGGUCAGCUGAUCUACGAGUGCACGAUGCGAGGCUGUCGGAACGCGACGGAGAUUAUGGAGGACAGUGUGAAGAAUGGUCCGCCGCGGGAGGGGACGGAAGCAAUUCUGCAGCAUGAUCCGCUGCAGGACGACGUGGUGGUCAUUCGAAGGCAGACGCGAACGGUGCGAGCGGUCGAGUCGAGGACCGGAAGCGAGCGGUGGAACUUCAGCAUCGGACAUCACGAGUUGGAAAUGCUGAAGAACGAGGAUUGCCGGGGAGGUGGCGGAAAUGACGCGCUGGAUCCGGCCAUUUUGGAUUUGGAACUGAAGGUUGUGAUCCCGGAGGGAGUGGUGUUUGCCGUGAAGCGGUCGGAGCCGGGAGUGACCGUGUGGCAGCACAAGUUUGACCACCCGAUUGUAAGUGCCUGGAGGGCCGGGGAUAAGACUGCACUGAGAAGUGUGGAUUUGUUUCGGGGAGCGGAUUGGUUGUGGAAUGGAAAUGGACAGCCGUCAAUUGGAAGUGAAGAGAAGGGCAGUAACGGAAUGAUUAAUCCUUCGUUGUACUUGGGAAUGCACCAGAGGCAGUUGUACAUCCAGGAAUCGACGGCCUUAAUGGUACGACAAGCUACAGAUGCGCAGACCGUUUUACUGACGGACGAGGGAAAAUUCCCGAUGAUCCCUUGGAAACCGUAUCCGGCAAGACUUAAGGUGUCCGGAUACAUUACAGAUGGAAGUGACCAAGGACAAAAUCCGGAUGAUAAGGAGUACGCAGAAUCGACGGCAAUUGCUCGGUCGGUGUUGUAUCAAUCGGGUUAUGUAAACGGAGAUGGAUUUUUCCUUUUUACGCCGGAAGACUUGGACCGCAAGGAUCACGAACUGUGCUCAAACAGCUCUUCGACUCCGGCUAUAGCAGAUGAAGAAAGAUCGAGGAAUGAGAGUUCAAUUUUUGACUUUGCAAUGGAUCCGGAUGCUCCAAUGAAGGUCAUCAUAAUCUCAGUACAAUUCUAUUGGAUGGAGAUUAUGGUCAUAUUAACGACAACUGCUUUCCUGUUGAAUGUAAUGCUUCGACUCAAGAGAGAGAAAGAAAUCGUGGUGUUUGUGGAACGGCAAGUGGAAGUUCCGGUUCCGAUGGCGGUUGAGGCCACAGAGGAAGAAUUUGCACCACUGGAGGCAGCAGCACGGAUUAUGGGAGGCAGAAGUCUUUCAGAGUCAAACAGCGACAAUUUCGUCUCGCGCUUCCAGGAGGAUUUUGAUUUGGUACAGUGCCUUGGAAAGGGAGGUUUUGGAGUAGUGUUCGAGGUCAAGAAUAAGCUGGACGAUUGUCACUAUGCCAUCAAAAGAGUGGUCCUUCCGAACAAGCAGGAAUCCAAGGAUCGUGUUAUGCGAGAGGUUAAGACCUUGGCCCACUGUGAGCACAGCAAUAUUGUGAGAUAUUUUCACGCCUGGACAGAGACGCCACCUCCCGGAUGGCAAGAAAGUCAGGACAAGAUUUGGAUCCAGAGGAAUUGUCUAUCGACUUCGAUCGAUAUCGAAACACCGACGGAAACUUCUCCGCCGAAUUCAAAGUUCAUUCCAACAAGCCAGAGCAGCAUUUCCGGAGCAAAGUACAAUCAUCAGCGACAUCAUUCCACUGGCCAGCAACCUUGGAUGACGAAGCUUCCGGAGCCCAUUUUUUCAAUGUCCAACGUCGGGACAGAUCAAUCCAGCAGUAGCUCUUUCAUCCAGUUUCGAGCCGACCCAGGCGAAUCCCUGAGAAGUGAAACUAACGAUGAUUCCUUCCAAAUUGAGUUCAAACAUGACACCGAAGAUGCCGCAGCUGGUGGCGAUUACUCGGAUAUUGUUUUCAAGGAACCCUCACAGGUCGAAGGGUCAAAUAGUCAUCAUGUCAUAUCAAUCGGCGACACUCCGCAAAAACCGGACAUCCAAAAGCUACGAAAGAAUCGUCAUCGUCGGCCACAAUCACUUGACCUGACUAGCACCGGUCGUGUCGUUCGACAGGCCUCGACGAACACCCGGUCCCACAUGGUAGACGGUACUAGCGCUGGCCCAGCUUCCACCGCUGGCAACUCUACCGUCAACAGCAAAAUCUAUCUCUACAUCCAGAUGCAACUGUGCCAAAAGCAAUCGCUCAAAGAGUGGCUCUCAUUAAACGACCUUUCUGCGCGCCAGAACCGGAUCAUUCCGAUCUUUGAGCAGAUCGUGGACGCCGUGGAGUAUGUCCAUUUGAAAAAAUUGAUCCACAGGGACCUGAAACCAAGCAAUAUUUUCUUCUCGCUCGACGGUCGUAUCAAAAUCGGCGACUUUGGACUGGUCACGGAUUCGGGUGACCUGCAGUACGACAAAGACAACAACCUACCGGGGAUGGAUCCGGUAGGAGCUAAAAAGGAACGCCAUACCCGACAAGUGGGUACCCAGCUGUACAUGUCGCCCGAACAGCAGCGGGGUCUACCCUACAACUACAAGGUCGACAUCUUCUCGUUGGGUUUGAUCCUGUUCGAGCUGUUGCAAACCUUCGGAACCGAGAUGGAGCGCAUCUGCACUCUGAAGGACGUCCGGAAGUGCAAAUUCCCACCAAAGUUUGAGGAGACCUAUCCGAAUGAGUAUCAACUCCUGAAGCUGAUGCUCUCGACGGAACCCUCGAAGCGGCCAACUACUUACGGCAUCAAGGCGCGGCCACCCCUGAAACGCUUCCCCUCGAGCAAAUCCACUCCACAGCUAGGGCAAUCGCCUACCGCCGCCGCCGCCGCCGCCACCCCGAUAACGCCGGAAGCAACCGAUGCUGAUGAUCUCCACCGGCACAGCCUUUCCGAUUGCUCCGACAACAGUGAGUGGCACUUCGAGCUGCCACCCUGGCGAAAGGAUAGCCGAUCCGCAACCAGUUCCAGCACCAACUCCGGAGGCAAUCAGAAUCAAAUAUUUUUCUGAGCAAAUGAUCUCGCCGCCGCAGGACAAUCCGGAAGUGCUCUUGCGGAGUCGAGCGUGUCAAAGACGUUAUUUAAUUAAGUUAUUGUGCAGCGAAAUUAUACAUGUUAAAAAACCAGUUUCUAGUAUUAAGGAAAAAAGUCAUUUCCAGUGAACCCCUACUUCAGCGCAUGUCGUUUUUGUUGGAAGGAUUUGUAAUAUUCACUAUUAGAACGAAAAACUAAUAAAAUUUUAAAACAUGA